AAGUUGCCAUUGACUGUGUUCAGUAUAGUGGAGGUAGGACCUCUUAGAGGCCACAUUGUUGCCCAAAUAAGGCAUGAGGGUCAGAUAUUUAAAGUCAGAGAUAACAUGUGCUUGACCAUUUGUUUGAGAACACUGGAAAAUUGGUACCUAAAAAAUGGGAGAAAUCGCAGAUCCGGUUCAAUUCAAGGAAGAGGGCAACAAGCACUUCCAAGCUGGAGAAAUCGACAAAGCCAUUGAGUGCUACACUAAAGCCAUUAAGUCCUGUAAAGACAAGAAAGCACUGGCAGUCAUCUACAGGAACAGAUCAGCCUGUUUCCUGAAAAAGGAAAAUUAUAACAAUGCCGUAUCAGAUGCUUCUAAAGCUAUCGAUGUGGAUGCCGCAGACAUCAAGGCUCUGUACAGAAGAUGUCAAGCGCUCGAGAAGCUUGGCAAACUGGACAUGGCCUUCAAGGAUGUCCAGAGAUGUGCAACCUUAGAGCCGAAAAACAAGACCUUCCUCGAGACCCUCAGAAGACUCGGAGCUGACAUCCAACAGAAGCUGAAAACAACCUUCUCAACAGACUCCAGAGUACAGAACAUGUUUGACAUUCUGUUUUCAGAUGAAUCAGAUAAGGAGAAGCAAGAAAAGGCUGCAAACAACCUGAUUGUCCUGGCCAGAGAGGACGCGGGUGCAGAGAGAAUAUUCCAGAACAACGGUGUGCCUUUACUUGUCCAACUCAUUGACACAGGAAAACCUGAGAUGAUCCUGGCUGCCAUCCGAACCCUGUCAGGAAUGUGCACAGGCCACAGAGCAAGGGCAACUGCUAUCAUCCACACGGUGGGAAUUAGCAAGCUGUGCAGCAUCAUGGCUGUAGAUAAUGAAGAGAUCGUUCUGGCCACUGCAAACCUGUUCCAGUGUGUCUAUGACUCCCUUUCUGGAGGAGACAAGAGAAAUUACGGCAAAGAAGAGGCCCUUGUACUCGACUCCAGUAAGGACUUGAAGGAUAUUCUGCUUGCCUUGUUGGAAAUGAUCGCAAGCAAGAAGGUGUCUGGACACGGCCGAGACCAGGCUCUGAACCUCCUGACCAAGAAUGUGCCAAGAAAAGACAAGAAAAACACAGAUAACUCCAAAGGCCUUUUCACCAUUGACCACGGUCUGAAGAAGAUUUUGAAGGUCUGCGGUCAGGUUCCAGACCUUCCGGAUCAGUUGCCGUUGACCGAAAACACACAGCUGAUUGCUAGCGUUCUCCUUAACAAGCUCUACGAUGACAUGCGCUGUGACCCUGAGAGAGAUCACUUCAGAGAUACCUGUGAUGAAUACAUUAAGAGCAAGUUUGACCCCAACGACAUGGACAGAAACAUCCAUGCCAUCAAUACUCUGUCAGGCAUUCUACAGGGGCCUUUCGAUGUGGGCAAUGUCCUUGCGGGUCGUCAGGGCGUUAUGGAGAUGAUGGUGGCCCUGUGUGGAUCCGAGCGUGAAGUGGACCAGUUGGUAGCAGUGGAGGCCCUCAUUCAUGCAUCCACCAAAACCAGCAAAGCCUCCUUCUUCAUCAGCAAUGGAGUAACUCUGCUGAAGGACAUGUACAAGAAAACUAAAAAUGAGAAGAUCAAGAUCAGAGCCCUUGUGGGUCUGUGUAAACUGGGAUCCGCUGGAGGAGAUGAUUACAGCAUGAGACAGUUUGCUGAGGGCUCCACUGAGAAACUGGCCAAGCAGUGCAGAAAGUGGCUCUGCAACCCUACACUUGAUGUGCGUACAAGGAAAUGGGCCGUUGAAGGUUUGGCUUACCUUACCAAUGAUGCUGACGUAAAAGAUGACUUCGUUGAGGAUGAAGCAGCCCUGAGGGCCAUGUUUGAACUCGCCAAGUCAAAAGAUAAGACCAUUCUAUAUGCUGUCGCCUGCACCCUGGUCAAUUGCACCAACAGCUAUGACAAGAAAGAGAUCAUCCCUGAGAUGGUGCAGCUGGCCAAGUUCUCCAAACAACACGUCCCUGAGCAGCACCCGAAGGAUAAGAAGGACUUCAUUGAAAGGCGAGUAAAGAGGCUAUUGAAAGCUGGAGUCACAUCAGCUCUCGCUGUCAUGGUCAAAGCAGAUAAUUCUAUCUUGACUGAUCAGACCAAAGAGAUGCUAGCAAGAGUGUUUCUUGCAUUGGCAGAAGAUAUUAAAGAUCGUGGCACAAUUGUAGCUCAAGGUGGAGGAAGGGCUUUGCUACCAUUAGCCCUGGAGGGAACUGACAAAGGAAAAAUAAAGGCCAGCCAUGCUCUGGCAAAGAUAGCAGCCGUCUCCAACCCUGAAAUCGCCUUCCCUGCUGAGAGGAUAUAUGAAGUUGUGCGACCACUGGUUUCCUUGCUAAACACAGAACGAGAUGGUCUAGAAAACUUUGAAGCUCUGUUGGGUCUUACAAAUCUGGCUGCCUUGAAUGACAAACUUCGAGUGAAAAUCCUCAAAGAAAAAGCUCUUCCAGAGAUUGAGAACUACAUGUUUGAGGAACACGAUCAAAUCAGACAAGCUGCCACAGAGUGCAUGUGCAAUCUGGUUAGCUGCAAAGAGGUUCAAGACAGAUAUCUGGAAGACGGCAAUGAUAAACUCAAGCUUCUUGUCCUGCUCUGCGGUGAAGAUGAUGUGCAGCUUCAGAGGGCAGCUGCUGGUGCACUGGCUAUGCUCACGGCCGCACAGAAGAAACUGGCUGUUAAGAUCACUAAAGUGACUGGGCAGUGGCUUGAGAUCAUACAGAGAUUGUGCAUCCAUGACAACCCUGAAAUUCAGCACAGAGGUCUUGUGACGGUGUUUAAUAUGCUGGACGCUGAUGAACAACUAGCCAAGAAGCUCAUUGAAUGUGAACUGCUGGAAAUCCUGACAUAUGUGGCAAAACUAGAGGACAACCCCAAGAAGCAGGAUGCUAUUAAUGCUGCCCGCGCCUGCCUGUCUAGAGCCAUGGAUACUGGACUUAUCAAACCGUUUUCAAAUUAAACAGAAAACAAUUCAUCGUGACGUAUCAUUAGGCGAAUAGAGAAUGGUCUGCUUUCUGGGAAAGUGGAAAGACUGCAAACCAUUUGCAAUAUGUUUUAUUUUUAACAUUUCUACUGAUAAGCAUAGUUCUUUUUGUUAGAUGAUAUGUUUGUGUGGCUGUUUGUUUGAUCAGUGGAAUUUGGUAUGUAUUUUACAUGCUCAUUUCAUAUUUCAUGUAUUUGCACCUUUUUUGAUUCACCGAUAAUAAUCUUUUUCGGAGAAAAGAUAAAUGGAAUUUCUUAAUAUUGACAUUACCACAAUUACCUUUUUUAAUAUAUUUGUGCAAGUAAACCAAUAAACACAUAUACAAUGGAAGAGUUCAUUGAACCUUAUAAAAUAUUGCAAAAAUAAAGUUUUCAUAAUGAGGGCAAACAUAUCCAGUGACUGAGAGAUGUAC